GCCAACUGAAAACCAUCAACAUGCUGCAUGCGAUGAUUCUUGCCAGGUCGAAGAACCUCACCAUGGCUGGUGCUGCUGAAGAGGCCUUCCGUGUAGCCCUUCAGACAGCCACCACAGCAGCCCAAGCAGCAACAGCUGCACUGGCCGAGAUCAAAAGGUCUCAGGCAGCGGGACUGGCAUCCAAGCCCAAGGAAUUGGAGCUUACGGGCCGUCCUGAGGACGUGGCGUAUCAAGAAGAGAUAGAUCGUCACAUCAGGUCUGAGAACCAAGUGCGCAUGGACCAACUCAGCGAAGCUGAGAAGGGUCGAAGUCGCCAGCUGUUUAGCUUCUUGGCCGGAACGGCCAAAGGGAGACUCCUCGCCUUGAUGCGGGAGGAUGCCGUUGCAUCAAACAGCAAUGGGUUCGAAGCAAUCCGAAGGAUUCAGCGAGACAUCGAACCCACAAGCGAUGCUGCUGCACUAGGGCUCCUAGAGACCAUCCUCAAAAUGCCCACACCGCCAAAAGGCACUCCACUGAGAGAUGCCAUCAUGAGCAUGGAAAGGGGGAUCUUCGUGGACUAUGAGGCCACGUCGGGUCAGAAGCUGUCAGAACACCUGAAGAUAGCUACCCUUAGAAGGCUGCUCCCACCAGAGCUCAGGGUGCACGUGAACCUUCUGGUCAAGGACGACUCGGACUAUCAAGCCAUCAAGAAGGCUGUAUCAGAGUACGAAGUCGCAGACCGAAGGUAUGAGCCCCUGAAGCCAGAAACCGUGUUCGAUCACGGAGGGGUCGUGCCCAUGGAGGUCGACCAGAUAAAGGGUGGUGGCAAGUCCAAAGGUGGCAAAGGCCAAUCGAAGACCGCUUGCAAAACAUGCGGGCAGAGUCACCAAGGCCAGUGCUGGUUUAAAGACAACCAGUCAGCUAAGGCCAAAGGAAAGGGUAAGAGCUCCAAAGGUGGCAAAGGUGGGAAACCACAAGGCGGAGACGCUCCAAAGGAGAAGUGCCAGAUCUGCGGUAAGAUGAACCACACCGCAGAGAAGUGCUACCAGCGCUACAAGGAGAAAGAUGCCAAGACAAGCAAGGUCCAGGCCGCCACCACAAGUCCUGGGACAGGAGGAACCUCACAGUCCGGGACUGGCGGAAGUGUCGCCGCACUCUCGCACCGAGAGGUGGACACAUCUCCUGAGACCGAGUUGAGAGUCCAGACCACGGGUGUCCGAAGUGCCGAGACCUUGGCAAGAGCUCCUCGUUUACGGGAUGCUCAAGGUACUGAAAUCCGCCAUCAGUGUCAGGCCAAGACCGUCAGCAUGAGGCUUCAGACGGAUGACAAGACUCAUCUGUCGAUCACUGUGACAUUCCUCAUCGGUCCAGUGAAACAGCCCAUCCUGUCCCUUGGGAAGCUAUCCCAGAGUUCCAAGGCGAGCUUCGAGGUUGGAACGCAAGAGGCUGAAGAUGGCCGGUUGCUGUUCAAAGGCGGAAAGUAUCCAUGCAGCGUGAAGAAGUUGCAACACUCCUACUAUCUUCCCUUCUUCAUCAAAGGACCGAAGUCAGAGAGCUCGGUCAGUCAGAUCCAAGGAGUCAAGAUGCUCUACUUGGAUCAAUCCUACGUGAAGUUUCGGGAGAAGCUUGGCAAAGAGCCAGCACCCAGCUUCAGUAGUGAGCAAGAAGAAGAAGAAGAGGAAGAAGAAAAGGAGGAAGAACGGAUAAAGGAGAAAUCUCCACCCGAAGAAAAGAAGACUAAACAUCGCCGCAAAGGUGAUCAUCACUCAGAGGGCUGUCGCAGAAAGAAGAAGCCCAAAGUGUGUGCAAAGGAGGAAAGGGCGGAGAGUCCUACUUCCAGGCCAGCUGAAAGGGAGAAACCCCAGCCACGAGAGCCGGAAAGGACAGAGUAUCCAAAGGAACCUCCUCCACCUCGCAGACUUGGAGUUGAGCUGGUUGAGGCGAGCCGCACAGCUGAAGAGUCGCGAGGAGAGUCAAAGCGCCCAAGGUCUCCUCAGGCUGAGGAGCCGAAGGAACCAUCUGCUGACUAUGGUGGUGACUAUGAUGACGAGUCCCAUCAGUCAGACAGUGAAAGCGAAGAUUUGCGCUACCGGACCGCUGAAGCGAGAGCAGACCGCGCCAAGGAGGACACGGAACCUCGAGGUGCAACGUCUAGCUCCUGGAAACCCGGACGGUACAUGUCUGAGGAAGAAAAGAAGCGGAUGAACUAUGAAUCUCGCCAAAGGAAGCGAGCCAAGAAAGCUGCUUUGAAGGAACAAGCCGACCAGGGUAAGGGUCAGCCCAGUCCGAAAGGUAAGGGCAAAGCAAAGUCCAGAGGAAAAGGCAAAUCAGCCAAGUCCCGUGACGCCGCAGUUCGCCAACUUGAACAGUUUGGCUGGAUUUGCGCGGUAGGUCACGAGGAAGCGGAGGCUGAAGAGCCCCAGGCCGCAGAGCUGGUGGCUGUGGAUCCGCCAGAGGCCGAUGAAGACCCAGCGGCUGAGAUCGAGCGAUUGAGCGCGAAGACCGGAUGGGAGAAGACGCAAGAUGGUGAUCCUGUCCUGGCCAAGCGUGGCACAACUGUGUUCCAAACGCCCGCGCCGAGGUUCUCGCGCCACAAACUCCGGACCACUUGGACCAGACGUGAAGGUCAAUGGGUCAAGUGUGAAGACCAAGUGGAAUGGUCUCAUCUUGAAGAUCCCUCGAGUCUUAUCCCGGACGUGGGAGACUGUGUGGUCACUGUGUUCCACAAGAUAACUGCUCUGCCAAAGCCGGUGGAUUCGUCACCAUCUUACGGCAGAUAG